GGUACGCCGCCGGUACAGUAAAUUUUUUUAGAUCUCUACACUAGGUUUGGUCGACGGUGUUAUGGCGAAGGUUACGGCGAUGGAAAUUGAUGAUCCAAAUUCAAACAUCCCCGACCAGAUCAUCCCCAAGUUCUCAAUCAAUGUUUUGCAGCUUCUGAAGUCUUCUCAGAUGCAGCAUGGAUUACGACAUGGAGACUAUACUCGCUACAGGAGGUAUUGCACUGCUCGUUUGAGGAGGUUAUAUAAAUCAUUGAAGUUCACGCAUGGCCGCGGUAAAUACACCAAAAAAACCAUUACUGAGUCCACGGUCACUGAAGUGAGGUUUCUUCAUGUGGUUCUGUAUACGGCAGAAAGAGCUUGGAGCCAUGCCAUGGAGAAAAGACAGCUUCCAGAUGGUCCAAAUGCACGCCAGCGUAUCUAUUUGAUUGGUAGAUUACGCAAGGCAGUAAAAUGGGCUGAUCUGUUUUCACAUUUGUGUUCUGUCAAGGGAGAUUCAAGAACAUCUUUAGAGGCUGAGGCCUAUGCCUCCUAUAUGAAAGGGAAUUUGUUGUUUGAACAAGACCGGAAUUGGGACACUGCAUUGCGGAAUUUCAAAAGUGCCAGGGCCGUUUAUGAAGAACUUGGGAAAUACGGGGAUGUAGAGAAUCAAGUCUUAUGUCGUGAACGUGUUGAAGAGCUCGAACCUAGUAUUCGUUACUGCCUUCACAAAAUUGGAGGGUCAAAUUUGCAAACUUCUGAAUUUUUACAGAUUGGUGAAACGGAAGGUCCUGCACUGGACCUUUUCAAAUCAAAGCUAGAGGCUGUUAUGGCGGAGGCAAGAUCACAACAGGCUGCAUCUCUGACAGAGUUCCAUUGGCUGGGCAAUAGAUUCCCAAUUACUAAUGCAAAAACUCGGGUUGCUAUUCUGAAAGCCCAAGAACUGGAAAAGGAUUUACAUGGACCUUCAGCCGAUUCCCUUUCAGCCGAUAAAAGAUUAGCAACUUUUGAUAAAGUUUUUACAGCGUAUCAUGAUGCUAGGAGCUGUAUACGGAGUGACUUGGCCAGUGCAGGUAGUGCUGAAAGUGUAAAAGAUGACUUAAAUGGUCUUGAUAAGGCUGUUAGUGCUGUACUAGGACAACGUACAAUCGAGCGCAAUCUGUUGUUGGUUAGCAUUGCAAAGAGCAAAGUUACUAAGCGUCGUGAUGACAAAAACGAGAAAGUCACCAAGCCUGAGGAGUUGGUUCGCUUAUAUGAUCUUUUAUUACAGAACACAGCUGAUUUAUCUGAUUUAGUUAGUUCUGGAAGAGAUAGAAAACCUGAAGAAGUGACAUUUGCUGAAGAGUGUCAACUUAAAAGUUUGGCCUUCCGAGCUGAAAGAUGCUUCUACUUGGCAAGGUCUUAUAGUUUAGCUGGAAAGAGAUCGGAAGCAUACUUACUAUACUGCCGUGCUCGCUCUCUUGCUGAGAAUGCCCUACAUAAGUUUCAAACUCACAGUAAAACCGAUCAGGCGAUGAUCAAAGAGUUGAAGACUUUAUAUGAUGAAUCCAGAUCUUACAGUUGCAUAGAGCAUGCAACCGGAAUUACUGAGGAGGUGAAGGCUCCAGAGAAUCUUUCAAAGAAGAUAUCAACUAUAUCAUUAAGUGGAGCCGACAAGAAGGUGGAAAAAUACCUGCUCGAGAAACUCGAUCUCUACGAGUCUGCGGUUAGCGAGUCAAAUAUGAAAGGAGUUCCACGUAUAGAACGCUUCCCGCCAGCCUUCCAGUCAGCACCUCGUAAUCCUAUCGUUCUAGACUUGGCCGAUAGUGCUAUUGAUUUCCCGUCUAUAGAAAACAGGAUGAAGAAAGAUAAGAAGGGAUUCAUAAGUAGGCUUUGGGGUUGAGUUACAAUCCAAACUUAAGGUUUUCUUGAUCGUUUAUACCUCUACAUGACAGGAGAUGGUAAUGGAUGGUAAAAAAUCAUAAAUUUCAUGGUAUUUUAUUCGACUACCGUGGAUUCGGAUAUUGCAUCCCCGGAUUUAGAUUUCGACGUUGGUUUUAUGGUCUAUGGUGGAUUUUGAUAGGA